AUGCGCUGCGACUUGUGCCAGACGGAGCAGCCCUGCGCUAAGUGCCAAGCAAAUAUGGCCGCGUACUUCUGCUCCGUUUGCAACUUAUUCGACGAUAAGGGACUGGAGAAACAGGUUUUCCACUGCGCCCAGUGCGGCAUCUGCCGCGUUGGUGGUCGAGAGAACUAUUAUCACUGCAUCAAGUGCUGCGGGUGCUACCCUCACUCACUCGAGGCCAAACACAAGUGUCUGGAAGGCUCUAUGCAUCGUGAAUGCCCCAUUUGUCUUGAUGUGACGUUCGAUUCGCUGGAGAGUGUGAACGUGCUGCCGUGUGGCCACGUCAUGCACUCAAGCUGCUUCAAAGCCUACGUCAAGCACCAUAACAUUGUGUGUCCAACAUGUCGGACGUUGAUGUUCACCGAGGACGAAGUAAACGGCGAGGGUCAGGACAACGACGAGGCAGACUCUGAAGGCGAAGAAGAUGGCGAAGAAGACAGCGGAGAGAGUGAUGGAGACGAUGGAGAUGACUCGGACAGCUCUAGCAGUAGUGAGAGCGAGGACGAAGACGGGGUUGUAGUCCACGUUGUAGUAGAAGACGAAGACUCAGACAGUGAAAUGGAAAUGGACGCAGCACACGACGCAGAACGCAAUGUGUGGCCCAGUGCCCACCGACCGUAA